CAGACACACGCGCCUUGCGUUAUUACGCAUUUCCUGUUCUCUACGAGGUCUCCCUCUUCUCCUCACCGUCGCGCUGUAAAAUUUAUGUUUUGGUGAAAAAAUACAGUGUCGAAAAGGGACGUAAACACGUUUAAAGCAUGACAUUUCGACCGAGUGGGACCUAAAGCGGCGUAGCAGCUGAAAAAGGGGCGUUUUCAGCGACGGUUGCGGGUUAUCUGUAUGUCGUAUUCCUCCGCAUGUCCGCUUUCUUCGUAGAUGGUCUCCGGCGAGCGUUGUCUGGCGGCGGACGACGAGUUCUCGACGAGUAACAUGAAGGAGAUGAUCGGAGGUUGCUGUGUGUGCUCAGACGAGAGAGGCUGGGCAGAAAACCCGCUGGUGUACUGCGACGGACACGGCUGCAACGUCGCCGUGCAUCAAGCCUGCUAUGGCAUUGUGCAGGUGCCCACUGGUCCUUGGUUCUGCAGAAAGUGUGAAUCUCAGGAGAGAGCAGCCCGUGUGAGAUGUGAGCUGUGUCCCCACAAAGAUGGAGCCCUCAAGAGGACAGACAAUGGAGUUUAUUUGAAACCAUCAAAUUGGCUAUCAGCUAAAUGCCUCUUGCAGAUUCUUGGAGGGACUUCAAAACAACAACAUGCCCCCAGUUCACACCCAUACCCUCCCAUCCAUCCCGCCCUCUGCCCUCCUCCCCCUGUCCUGCUCACCAGGUCAAAGGCAGGUCAGGGGUUCAACUGCUGGGCCCAUGUGGUUUGUGCCCUUUACAUACCUGAAGUGGAGUUUGCUAAUGUCUCGACUAUGGAGCCCAUAGUACUCCAGUCUGUGCCACAUGAGCGCUACAACAAGACAUGUUACAUCUGCGAGGACCAGGGCAGAGAGAGUAAAGCAGCCACUGGAGCCUGUAUGACAUGCAACAAACAUGGCUGCAGGCAGGCCUUCCAUGUCACAUGUGCCCAAUUUGCGGGGUUGUUAUGUGAGGAACAAGGAUCCGAUGCAGACAACGUCAAGUACUGUGGAUAUUGCAAAUAUCAUCACAGCAAAUUGCGAAGGAGCAGGGGCCGUGGUAGUAGGUCUCAAAGCUUAAGUGACUCUUCCUCUCAGUGUAUGGAUAGACCCCCAGACAAGGACAAGAAGGUGAGCAGUCUGCCAGGGUCCGUCUUCAACCUAGCUCCCUCCCACAUGUUCGGUAACAGGCUGAACCCCAACUCAGCCAUGGCAGCACUCAUUGCCCAGUCCGAGGCCUCACCAGCAGAUCAGGAGGUGGGAGACGGCAGCAGCAGCGUUGGAGCUCAGGGCUUCCCCAUUAGAGCUUCUCCCAAGACCACCCCGCGCUCUCCCAUUGGUGGCCUGCAGAUCCGCUAUGACUCCUCAGGGUUGUUGCCGGGGCCGGGUCUGGGGUUGCUAGGAGUGGGGGGAAGCAGUGGGGAGACACUGCCGCCGGUGGCCACCAGCAUAGAGCAGCUCCUGGAGAGGCAGUGGAACGAAGGGCAGAGCUUCCUGCUGCAACAGGGACCGCAAGGAGAUGUUGUUGGGAUGUUGAAAUCGCUCCACCAGCUGCAGGAGGAGAACAAGAGGUUGGAGGAGCAAAUUAAAACUCUGACCAUGAAGAAAGAGAGACUGCAGCUUCUCAGCGCUCAGCUAUCAGUGCCUUUCACCUCCACCACAGCCUCUUCUGAUGUUAAAGGAGCUCAGCUUGGAGCCAUUGACUCAUCUUUACCUGUCGCAGCUCAGGACAGCAUGUCAUGUGGUGGCCACAGCAGUAGCGGCUCCACCUCCUCUCUCUCCACCCCUCCCUCCGUCUCCCAGAGCCCACCCCAGCCGCAGCUCAAUGGAGUCGCCACUGUGGGGACGACCCCGACCACAUUGGGUGGGGUGGCUGGGCUGAUGGGUGCACUCGGUGCAGGUAGCGCAUUGGGCAUGGGGGGAAUUGUUGGGGCACUGAACGGGGUCAUCCAGACAUCAACGGGCACAGCCAGCCCUCACACUCACACUACGGGAGCAGCUACGGGCGUCACCUUGCCCGUAAAUAACAGUGCUGCACGGCUUGGCCUAAUGUCUGAGCAGCACAGACUCCUCCUCCAGCAGCAUCAGCUCCAGCAGCUGCUGUCCUCACAGCCUUCAGCGGAACAACAGCAGGUGUUGCUCUACCAACUGAUGCAGCAGCAGCAGGACCUCCAGCAGCUGCAGUCCUUCUCCUCCCCUGCGCAGAUUCCCUCCAUCCCUCUCUCCUCCACUCAGCUACCCAUCAACAACUUGCUGCCCGGCACUCAGAGCCAAGGCACCAUCACCGCCAAUCCCUUCCUGGCGCUGCAGCACAUACAUGCUGACACACACACCUCGGGGAUGCAGAAGCCGCGGCUAGGUGAGAAGGUCGUGGGCGUCGCAGGGCAGGAGAAAACAUGACAGCAGAUGUUCUUUUGUUUUUUUGGUUGUUAUGUUUUUUAAAUAAAUAUGCAGAGUUUUCGGGAGAUCAGCCUGUUGGUCAUCUUUGUUGUUCAGUGAUGAGAACACUGGCAGCAGAAAAAUCUGUUUCCUGGUAGAUUAUUCCUUAUAAUGAUCUGUGCUAUAACAUUAGCACACACUAAGGUGAGUGAUGAAAGAAGACAAAAGUAAGAAUUGUUUGGUUUUUUUGUCUUUAGCAGUCACCAACUCUAGUUGACCUAGUCAGGAUUGUUUUUGCAACUUUUUCAGGUUACAGUUUUUACACAACACUUUGUGUAAAUUUGUACUACUUAUUUCCAUCCAAUUUUAGAUUUCUUACUUUUUAGCUUUAGUGCUGCUUCAGGUUCUUAUUUUGUGACUGCUGAGAUAAUGAUUUUCAUUGAAUAUCACUGGUAGUAACUUAGUGUAUUUUAGUGUCAGUAUGUAGCACCAGAGAACAUGGUGAGAACACAGUUUUCUUCUCUCAACGGGUGAGUUGUCUAACAGAUCAGCUUCCCAGAGACAUUUCCUUUAAUGAGUUUCUUAAUCUCAUCAUUCUGCUUCCUCACCUUUCUGCUUUCUCCUCUUUCUGUUUUUGCUUUGUCAUAUCUCCCUUUAUUUUCCCGUCUUUUUGUCUCCAAAUUUCUUUCUCUGAUUCUCAACCCAUAUCCCUUUCGGUCUGGUCUCUCUGCAGUUUCACUCUCUCAGGGGCCUCAGCUAACCAGAAUUGUGCACUCAGCACACAAGCUAGUACACAACUACAAACAUAAAAAGAAAAAUGGCAGAAAUAUAUUAAUAUAAAAAAAACUACUAUUCCCUACCACAAGACUCAACAGUAGCAGAUGUAUGUUUGACAUCUGUCUCACAGCGGUCCCAAGGGGAAUAUUGGGUGAGAGGCUUGUGAAAAUAUCCCACAUGUUCUCGCUGUUGCCUCUCUCCCCAUGUCUCUUUCAAUCCGUUUGUGUAGCUCCAUUAAUGUCAGUGAGCCAAGCCUCAUACGGUCACCACAGAAGCCUUGCUUUUCACUGUCUCUUCUCUGGGCCAGAAACGGGGGGCUCACUCAGGGAAGUGAAAUAUAAAAAGGAAAAAGAAAAAAAACUGCAAGUUUGAAUGUUCAGAGGGAUGCAUUAAUCCACACAGCACAGACUCAAAGAGAAAUUAUGCAGUUGGUUGUCAGCACGUGGAAGUCAUUACAUUUCAUCUUCCUGAUUGAACCCCCUGCUGCACCUACCUCUUAAGCAGGACCAGCCUAUCAGGACCUAAAAGGCCGACAACAACGGCCACUUAAAAACCCACAACAGUCAGGACUGGCCAAUCAGGGUCCAAGCCCAAGUGCCUGAGACCAAGGAGGGAAGGUGGUAUUUAUCUUCCUUUUACCUGUGUCCUUGUCACUCAGCCCAUUUCUUCACAAGGCUACUGGUAAUUAAGCUUCGUUGCUAAAGCAACAGAUUAUGAAAACACUUUGUUGCGUCAGGCUGGACGUGCCGUCUCUUUAAUAAAACCAGGAAUAAUUAUUCUGCUGCAUCCUCUUCUAUCAAAGCCUAAACUUGUAUUGUGCUUUUUAUUUAUUUGGAGUAUGUGUAAUGGGCAUAAGAUGAUUUAUUUUAAAAGCCCAAAUUGGUGUUGCAAUUUAACAUCAUUUUGUACUACUGUUUAAAGUUUUGUCUUAAGUUUUUUUCUCUUCAUACAGUCAAAUCUUGCUGUAAACCUUCUUAAUGACUUCUUCUCUGUGUCUUGUGUUUGAAAGCUAGAAGCUACUUGAUAGUUGGCUGAUUGGGAAGGAGUUGUGGUUGUAUAUAACUGUUUGUAGUGGGGAGGAAAUGUGUCAGGGGAGGAAAUGUGUCAGGGGGAUGUUAAGUGGCACAGUUUUUACCUCGUUAAGUGUAUAUAGACCUUUCUCAUUGGCCGUUAGUGUACAUAAGUGAUUGUGAUUGGCCGCUCUGGUGUGAAGGAAAGCCAAUGAAGCCUCAGUUUGUGGGAGUGGAUCUUUAGGACCAGGCACAAAGGUUGACAGUGACUGGACACACAAAGUAUUAAUUUAUUUUUAUAUGUGCAGGGACAUUGUGUUUCUUUUUUAAGUUUUGCACCAUUUUAUUGAUGAGAAAGUCAUUUUAUACGCUGGGCACUGUGUUUUCAUCUGUGGGCACAUUUGUUUGGAUGAAUUUUGUAAAGUGGAAAAUAAUUUGAGGGGGGGGUUCUGACAUUGUAUUUCAACACACGAAAAUAAAGUAACACU